AUGGAUCUCGGAAUAAAGCAGAAGAAGAAGGGAGGUAAGAAGAAGAAGAACUCAGGCCAGCUGAACCCAGGUGUUCUUAACUAGCAAGCACUGUCAGCAGGCGAGAAGUUUCUGACCCCAAGUAUCGAGUAUUACAAGAACGUUGCAAAUUAGUAUAAGAAAACUCUCAGCACUCUCAGCAUCAAUCAGCCUGGAAGUAAUAAACCUGAUUCAGCAGCAAGUUCUAGCAAGCCUCUGGCAACGAUUAAUGAGAACUCUAAUGGCAGGAACGAGCAACCAUACAUGAUGUAGCAUUAGAAAGAUAUGAGGAGCAGUAUGAAUAAUCUACACCAUAGAGGCGAUUAAGAAAAAGGUACUGGCAGUGGACAUAUGUUGCCACCACAGCAACUUCAUAAUGAGUAUUCAACUUAGAGUAUUCUGAAGAAUGCAAAGACUGAGAAGCUUAUGCUGGACAUUGAGCAGUAUAUUGUAAAAACUAAGAAGGAAUUCAAUCAUGAAGUUCAGGCUAAGGAGGAGAUAAAUCAGUAUUUCGGAAAGAUGAACGAGUGUAUUGAUUAGAUUGUAGACAAGGUAGCUAGUUCAGUGAAUCAUCACCGCAAGGACUUCUUCGACCGAUUCAACGGAGAACUCUAUAACAUUCACUCGAACUAUAGAGAGCUGCAGGAGUCUACCAACGAGAAUUUGAACAAGAUGAAGCUGAAGAAGGAGAUUCUAGACAGACAAGCUGAGAGAGAUUGGUUUAAAAACGAAUGCAACAAGAUCGACGCCAAAUGCCAUGAGAAGCAAGAUGAACUAUACAGGUUCAAGGACAAGCAUAACGAAUUCCUGUAAGAAAAGAAGUUCCUUGAUGAGCAGAUUCUAACUGCAAGAGAGAAUAAAAUAAACUUGAAUCGUAGAAAAGAAGAACUAUUAGAAGAGCUAAAUGAACUCAAAGAAGGGGGCCAGCCAGAUAACCAGAUCUAAGGAUUCGCAGAUAAUGGGGCUAAUCCUAGUAACACAAGCAGAGCAUUAUAGUUGUUGCCAUAAACCAGAAGUCCCAGAAGAACCGAUAAAGAUGAUCCUAACUACUUUGAAAAUUCAGUGAAGAAACUCAAAGACUACAUUGCUCACUUGUAGAAACGCAAUGAGAUCGAAAGGAAAAAUGCAUUGAAAAAACAGAUUAUGAGUGAUAAACUAGAAGACUCUAACUAUCCAUUUGAACUGAUAUUCCAUGACUCAGUCUUGCAGAUCAAGGAAGAGAUAGUUGAGCGUAAACAUAAAACUCAAAGAAGAGGCAUGAACACUUCAAAGAGUGCUUUGAGUAUCAGAAUGGGCCAGGAAAUAACCAAGACUCCAGAGGACUUGCAAGAUCACUUCCAGCACAAAUCAAUCUUCAAUAAAUUCGACUUAGAAAUAGAUCAUGUCAAGCCAACUAAUUUCACUGAGAGUGACAAAAAGCGAGUGGUAGAGAACUUCCUCGGCAACGUUGAAGUCCAGUAUUUUAUAUAUGGACUACUCUUCCCUUAGUCGCUUAUGAAUAUGCAGGCAUAGCAAUAGUCUAUGUAACUAGAUGAUAAUUCUUAAUGA